UUUAAAAAUGGAUCUUGUGGGUUUAUUGGUUCCGAUGAGAAUAGCAUUAACAUCCUUUUAAUAAGCCAAUUUACAUUUGCAAAAUUAACUAUUAUAGUAAUAAUAAUGAAAAUGUUCGAUCUUCAAAGCACUAAAAUCACGACCUAAAACUCCUGAAAUGCUAACACACGAUGUAUCAGAUUGCUGCUGUCACAUGUCGUUGAAUUCCCACAAAUCCAGAAUAUCACACAUCAGUUUAGUUGUUAUUGCAGCCAUUUUAUUAGAUACACUUCAGUAGUGACAUCCAGUACAGCAGCUCUGCCAUUUAUCUACCUUUUUCUUUAAGACUUUGCAAGAAGUGUUCAUUUAAUAAUGUGUUAAUUACUGUGGUUGUAGUUGUGGUGUUGUAAUAUAAACCCCCAUCAUGCUUGUAAAUGGGCAGAUUUAACAUUAUUAUAUUUGUAAAUGAAGGAUUUAUGGCUGAGCUGUUUUGUUGGAGGACGUUAAAUUUUACGUGUGUACCUACUAAAACACCCACCGUGUGUAUAUUUAUGGUUUAUUACAACUGAUAACAAAGAUCUCUCAAUACUGUGCUCACUGCGAGAGACACUUUGACUCUGUUUUACCACACAGCAUUUAAUCUGUAUGGAUUUACUGGAUAUAGUAUAGUAUUACAGCACAUCAAAUCUCAUGUCCUCAUUUCCUCUAAAUCUGGGAAACGUUGCAGACGGUCUCCAGCAUUUGUUGCAUGCAGGGGAAACAACUGACAAUGUGGGCGGUGGUUAUAAACUUCCCGCCUCCACGAGGAAAACAUUGUGUUGAGGAGGCGGGAGGAAAAAAGUGUCUGCCACUUCUCUGGUUGUCUUCUUCUGUAUGGAUUGUAAUGAAACUGGAAGUCAAAAGGAGUCCAGCUAUGAUGAUAAUUUAUUUAUUACAAUUAUGAACAUUGUAGAAUUUGUUAUAAUAGAUUUAACACUUAAAUUUAACACGAAAAAGACCGGGACCCUGAAACUGAAGCACUCAGCUGUUAUUUAACAUGUUAUCUUUUACACCUGUGCCAAAAUGUCAUCUUUUCAAAAUCUCUUUGAGAAGACCUGUGCCUUUCCUGCUGUGCCAGGCGGACAGAAGAUUUUGGUUGACAGUCUCAGAGAAGCCAGAUGGGGGCAUCAGUUACCUAGAAUUGCCCUCUUGGUGGAAGCUGAGCUCCCCCCUGAAAACCUUUGCUCAUUUCAAGGCUUCAUGUGUUUUCCUUAACCAUAAACAAGAAUUAAAGAUAAUUCACAGCUGACACAGGCAUCAUCCCUGUGAAUAUUUUAGCCAGUUGUGAUUAGCACAUAGUAUAUUUGGAGCAGGUUUCAGAGGGGGACACCAUCACAAGAGGAACAUCCCUUAGGAAGGUUUAAGGGCUUUAUUUUUGUUAUAUGCUGCAGGUGAGGUGAAGCCAUCUAUAGUUAAAUCAAUGUGUGACCACGCUGCUUCCUCAUGAAUGGAGCACCGGUGGAAAUUCAGCUGUUUUUCACAUUCCCUGGACUUCACCACCCCUCUUACAGGACCCCCGGCGGUCCCCGCACCCCAACUUGAGAACCACCGGGUUUGAGCCAUCCCACUCAGCAGGCUCCAUGCUAGCUACUAUUGUCUAACAGGGGAGCGGGCUAUUUGCAAAAUAAAGGUGGCCUACUGCCUUAGCUCUCAGCCGCUAUGUGGGCUGAUACAUAACAACCGGAGUGAUAUAUGUUCUAAUGCAAAGCAGCGGCGAAAUGAGCGGGUAUUAUCAGCGGUAGUCCUCUGGGGGGUUUCAUACCCAGACAGCUUCGGGCUUGUCGGCGGUCGGAUGCUGGAAGUCCUCGCCGAUAAGGGAGCACGUAGGGCUCGCAGAGAAAAAAGGAGAAGGGACGCGGAAAGAAGGAAGGAAGGGAGGACGGAAGGAAGGAAGGAUAGAGGAGCAUUUUAAUACCAAAUCGGGACACAUGUUGAGCUAACUGGCCGCUCCACCUCCCCCCUUCUUCUUCUUCUCCUCCCAAAUGCAUUUGUUGCCUCAAUCGCUUUCCCGUUACUAAUUACUCCGCGUUAGGAUAAAGCCAGCGGACCUCCUCUCCGGCUCCUCACUCACCGCUUUGGGGGACGAUCAUGGAUCUCAGUAAAAUUGCUGUCAGCAUCAAUAAGGCCAUCAACACACAGGAGGUCGCUGUCAAAGAGAAGCAUGCCAGGACCUGCAUCUUGGGGACCCAUCAUGAGAAGGGCGCCCACACUUUCUGGGCAGCGGUCAACCGGCUUCCCCUCUCCAGCAACGCGGUGCUCUGCUGGAAGUUCUGCCACGUCUUCCACAAGCUGCUGCGAGACGGCCAUCCAAACGUGAUAAAGGACUCCAUGAGGAACAAGGCUGAUUUAACUGAUAUGAGCAGGAUGUGGGGUCAUCUGAGUGAAGGCUAUGGAAAGCUGUGCAGCAUCUACCUCAAACUGCUCAUCACCAAAAUGGAGUUUCACAUCAAAAACCCUCGUUUCCCCGGCAACCUGCAGAUGUCAAACAGACAGCUUGACGAGGCGGGAGAGAACGACGUUAACAACUUCUUCCAGCUGACGGUCGAAAUGUUUGACUACCUGGAGUGUGAGCUCAACCUCUUCCUGGGUGUAUUCAGCUCUCUCGACAUGUCUCGGUCGGUGUCUGUGACGGCGGCAGGUCAGUGUCGCCUGGCCCCCCUCAUUCAGGUCAUCCUGGACUGCAGCCACCUGUAUGACUACACCGUCAAGCUGCUGUUUAAGCUGCACUCCUGCCUUCCAGCAGACACUCUCCAGGGCCACAGAGAUCGCUUCCAGGAACAAUUCAAGAAGUUAAAGAAUCUGUUCUAUCGCUCCAGUAACUUGCAGUAUUUCAAGAGGCUGAUUCAGAUCCCACAGUUGCCUGAGAACCCUCCUAACUUCCUGCGUGCGUCAGCUCUGUCGGAGCACAUCAGCCCCGUGGUCGUGAUUCCCGCCGAGUCCUCAUCCCCGGAGUCAGAGCACGUGGUGGAGACAGACGACCUGGUGGACACAGACGUCCCUGUGCUGCCGGCCUCUUUGGAGACCAAGUUCGACGAUCUGUUUGGCACCUCAGCGGCUAUAGACCCCUUUAACUUCAACAGUCAGAAUGGCAUGCGGAAGGACGACAAAGACCGUCUGAUUGAACAGCUGACGAGGGAGAUCCAGGCACUCAAAGAAGAGCUGGAGUCUUUCAGGCUGGAGAGUGGUCGCUUGUGUCAGGCGCUGAGGGGGCGUGUCAGCGAGCUGGAGGCGGAGCUUGCAGAGCAGAGCCACCUGAGGCUGCAGGCUGCAGGGGAGAGCGAGUUCCUGAAGGCGGAGCUGGAGGACCUGCGGAGGGUCAGAGAGGACACGGAGAAGGAGCAGCGGAGCCUGACGGAGAUAGAGAAAAAGGCUCAGGCCAAUGAGCAGCGCUACACCAAACUGAAGGAGAAGUACACAGAGCUGGUCCAGAGUCACGCAGACCUGCUGAGGAAGAACGCAGAGGUGACCCGACAGAUGACGGUGGCUCGGGCUGCACAGGAUGAAGUGGAGGCAGUGAGGAAGGAGAUGCAAGAGAAGGUGAAGGCUGCUCAGGAGAUGGCAGACAAACAGGAGAGGGAUCAGCUGGAUCAGCUUCAGGAGCUCCAGAGAGAGCUGGUGUCCAGCAAGGUGGAGCUGGAAUCCCUGAAGUCCUCGGCGGCCUCGUCACAGCAGUCAAAUGAGGUGCUCAGCACGCAGCUGGCUGCCCUGGAGUCUGAGAAGGUGGAGUUGGCGCAGUCUUUGUCGAAGGUGGAGGUGGAGCUGACUGUCCAGAGGGAGGAGUUAGAGCGAGUCCAGAGCUCACUGGCUACCGAGAGGGAGAGUGGGGUGAAGACAGCAGAAGCUCUGCAGAAUCAGCUCAAUGAGAAGGAGAGCAGGGAGCAGGCGUUGGAGAGUCAGCUGGUCACGGCUCGCUGGUCCAGUCUGCAAGGAGCUGUGGAGGAGGCAGAGAGGAUCAUCCAGGACUCGCUGGCUCAGAUAGACGACCCGGCGCACAUCAGCUGCACCAGCUCUGCAGACUACCUAGCAUCCAGAUGUCAGGCCUCUUUAGACUCCAUGGACCGACUCCAGUCUGCCAGAGAGGCCUACUUGGCGAACAACAGUGGUGUAUCUGAGCUGGUGCGUGUGGUCAUCCAGUGCGGCCACCUGGUGGGCGACACCAUCGUGCAGGGUAGUGCCACCUCCCACAUGGUGCCUGUGGAGCAAGCUGAUGCCCUGUCAGACAGUGUGAAGGCGUGUGGGGCCGAAGCUCUGGCUCUUCUGGGCCAGAUGAAGCAACAGGACAGCCUGGCUGCAGCAGACAAUGGCAAGCUGAAGGCAGCUCUGGAGGCCAUCCUGGCCACUGCAGAGAAACUGCGUCCCCGGGGUCUGGAGCUGCAGCAGGGGGAGCUGGGAGAUCUUGUGGAGCAGGAAAUGGCUGCCACUUCAGCUGCUGUGGAAUCAGCAGCUGCCAGGAUAGAGGAAAUGCUCAACAAGUCUCGAGCCGUUGAUACAGGAAUCAAGAUGGAGGUCAACGAGAGGAUUUUAGCCUCUUGCACGGAGCUGAUGCAGGCAAUCAAGGAGCUCAUUCUGUCUUCCAAAAAUCUGCAAAGGGACAUCGUGGAGAGUGGCAGGGGGGCAGCCUCCAUGAAGGAAUUUUAUGCCAAGAACUCCCGCUGGACUGAGGGCCUGAUCUCUGCCUCCAAAGCAGUGGGAUGGGGCGCGACGGUCAUGGUAGAUGCAGCUGAUCUGGUGGUGCAGGGCAAAGGGAAGUUUGAGGAGUUAAUGGUGUGUUCACAUGAAAUAGCUGCCAGCACAGCACAGCUGGUGGCUGCCUCGAAGGUAAAAGCAGAUAAAGACAGCGCCAAUCUGCACCGUCUGCAGCAGGCGUCCCGGGGCGUCACACAGGCCACUGCGGCUGUGGUGGCCUCCACCAAGUCCGGGAAAUCUCAGAUUGAAGAGACAGAUACGAUGGACUUCUCCAGCAUGACUCUCACCCAGAUCAAACGACAAGAGAUGGAUGCACAGGUCCUGGUCCUGGAGCUGGAGACUCGUCUGCAGAAGGAGCGGGAGCGUCUCGGCGAGCUGAGGAAGAAACAUUACGAGUUGGCUGGUGUAGCGGAGGGCUGGGACGAGGGAGAAGAAGGCACAGGUUGAGACUUGUCGGCCUCAUCAUCCCCCUCCUCUACCGGAAGACGGGCUUCUGUCUGCCUCUAUUUAUACACACACUCUACAGUCUCCUCUUCCCUUGUUUUCUUCUCUCCUUUUUGUUUGUUAUCUAAGCCAAAUUAAAAGGUGCUUCUUUUCUAAACCUGCUUUUCUGCCCGUGUCCAAAAGCUUCCAUAAAAAAGGACGGCACCAAGGGCUUAGCGCCUGGUUUUUUUCUCCUUUUUCUCCUUUUAUUUUUUAUUUUUUUGGAAGUUACAAGCGAUAAAGCUCAACUUCACAGCCUGACAUCCUCCGCCCCAUUUUACCUAUCCGUUCUACCGAGUAUUUAUUCUGUUUUUCCCUGGUUUUAUAAAUGGCGUCUUUGGAGGAAUCACAGUGGAGACGCUACGAGCACAAGUUCUACUCAAGACAUCCCAGGAUGCACUGCACAAGGGCCACGCUCUCAGCUGCAAGAGGGGCGAUCAGUGACUGUCUGCCUUGCACCAUCCCCAGAAUCAUGUCUCAACAUAGAUGGCAUGCAUGCUCGCCCACUCAAAUAUGCCCCACGUUGUGAGCUUAUAAAGCUGUUGGAGCCCGAGCUGCUCUUUUAUUUGUCUUUCUCUUCCUCCCUGCUUUCUUCCUGUUCUUUUCUCACUGUGAGUUAUCACCUUAUUAAGUCCAUACGGCUUCACUGGCUGGUUCACUGGACUUUCUGCCUUUCACCUUUCCAUCGUUGUAACGACCUGUGACUGUUAACUUGAGCCAGCUCCCUUUUUUUUUUUUUUGGGUUUCUGUUUGUUUGUUUUAUUUAACGGACGCUUUGCUUAGAAGUCUCCAGACUGUAAGUGUGCAGAGGAGUCGUUUCUGAAUAGGAAAGUAGCACCCCUAACAGUCUUUUCCCUGUGAGCUCCGAGACUGCCAACUACCUCAUGCUACAUCGUCAGAGGUAGCGGUGCAUCAUGGGUAGGUCUGAUGAGAGAGAACCAUUGCCCAAACACUAAAGACAUGGGGUCAUUUUUGUCUUUUCCCUUUUCACUGGUUAAAUGUAGGAAACAUGGCAGUGGGAGGAAAACUUCUUUUUAUACAGAAAAAGUAAAGUUUAAAAUCCCUACUUGGUGCAUAUUUUUUACAAAUGUAAAUGGUCAAGCAUCACUACAGUGAAUCUGCCACAGAAGCAGUGGCAGCAUUGAAUCCAGUCACAUAAUGAACUGUUUAACAGCCGUGCUCCUGGAGACAGGACUGCCCACUUGCUGCAGAAGCGGCAAAAAAGAAAAAAAAAAGAAAAAGAAACAAAAGAAAAAAGUCUUGGAUCAAACUUGAAUACCAGUUUUGGGAAGUGCACAAAGCUUUUCUUCAUGAAAUGUUUAAGAUUUAUCUGGUGUAUCACAUGAUCCUGCCUCUUCAGAUAACCUACAGGCCCAAUUGUUGACUGCAGUUUUCUAAACCCUUUACUAACAGUCUACCAGGACCACAGUGGACAGUGUUACCCUUAGCCUCCUCAAGACCAAGUAGCUGUGUAUAUAAACUACAAGCCUUCUAUUGUUGGAAAUUAUCUUCUGCUUUUCAUCUAAAAGCAUUCAACAGCAUCAGUUUUGGCAUCUCUCCACUUAAGAAUUCAGUUUAAUUGAAUUGGGGAUACAAAGUGGUGCACCUGAAUGCCACACAUGACUAAAUCAUUAAUUUUUCCAUAGGAGGGUGUUAUUUAAAAGAAUUUCCUACUGAGACUGAUGGACUGACUUUUAACGUGUUGCCAGUGGGCUCUGUAGAAGACUGUUCAUGCCUUGACACGAGGAGGCGUCCGUUUUGAAGCCCACACGUUAUUUCUUCUUUCCGUUUGAUGGUGGCAGUGUUGAACCUCCCGGAGUCUGCUUUGCUCUAUGUCUUAACAUACUUAGUUUUGAUGCUCCGCUUCAGCUGUGUAUCUACAAAGUUGUGACACUGGUUUAUUUAACAGAUGCUGGUUUAAAGAAAAAUAUAUAUUGUUUGCCAAUAAUUCUUUUUUUUUUUAAAGAAAUUGUUUUGAAUCACAUGGGAGAAGUGGAUGAAAGAGAAGUGUUUUGUUGAUCACAGUUAUACUUAAGUUUCCCAUCUGACAGCAUCUGCUGCUCCAAGCAGGUUAAAACAAACAGCAAGUAUUAUGUGCAGUACUGUUGGGUCCAGGUCUUUGUAUUGAAUUAUGAUUUUUUUUAGCUGUGCCCUGUCACUGCCUCCACACAAUUGGAAUAUAGAACAAAAAAAAAUACCAUGAAAGAAGGAUAGAUUCAUUUUUUAAGGUGUUUUGAGUAUAUUGACAGAUGAACUGAACGCACCCCGAGUGACUGUUUGGUUGUAUUUUUGCCACGAUAUUGUUUAUUAACCUCUCUCUCUCUUCUCUCCUGUGUCUGUAGUCCUACCAGCUCAGCCAGCCUUUCAAACUGCCUCACAUGGUAGUCAAAGAGAAACAAAUACUCACAUAGCAACAUUGAAAUAUGUCUUUGUAUGAUAUACUAAAACUAUGUUGGUGGGUUUGUUUUUAUUUUUUCAGUUUUUGAAAUAAAUAUUUCAACUCGUUAAUACAGA